CAGCAGAGCCCAUCCCUGCCCCUUUACACGGCCCCAGCACGAUGCCAAUCAGGAAACCUGAGCCCAAGAAGGAAACAGCCAAAGCAGCUCCAGCCCCGGAGCCCCCCCGAGAACCUGCCUUUGAUCCCAGGAGCGUGAAGAUUGAGUUCACUGCAGAGCAGAUUGAAGAGUUCAAAGAAGCCUUCAGCCUGUUUGACCGGACACCCACCGGGGCCAUGCAGAUCUCCUAUGCCCAGUGUGGGGAUGUCCUACGGGCGCUCGGCCACAACCCCACCAAUGCAGAGGUCCUGAAGGUGCUGGGCAAGCCCAAAGCAGAAGAAAUGCACACGAAGCUGCUGGACUUCGAGGCCUUCCUGCCCAUCCUGCAGCACUUCACCCGCACCAAGGAGCAAGGCACCUUCGAGGACUUUGUGGAAGGGCUGCGUGUCUUCGACAAGGAGGGCAAUGGGAUGGUGAUGGGCGCUGAGCUGCGCCAUGUGCUGGUCACACUGGGGGAGAAGAUGACAGAGAGCGAGGUGGAGCAGCUGAUGGCAGGGCAAGAGGAUGCCAAUGGCUGUAUCAACUACGAAGCUUUCGUCAAGCACAUCAUGUCUGGCUGAAAGAAGAAGCUUCAGCUCUCAGCAAUGCUGGAACCCACCCGGGCACCACAAGCAGUGAGAUCCCUCCAUCCAUGUCCCUUCCAGCCUGGAUGUCACACACCUGCAGAUGUGCCACCAUGAAGAGCUGGCCUCCAUGUGUGCCUAAGCCUGGGUGUAC